UUUCGACAGCCAGCAGCAGUUAUACAGUUGUCUCUGAUGUACAGUAUUUUCAUUUGUUUUAUUUUUCUUUGCGUCAAAUAUUUUCCACCGUACUUCCCUUCCAAUUCAGUCAUAGGCUCUCUCUCACGCCAUUAAACUAGGGUUUGAUUUCCCCUUGCUUAAAUAUUUCCACUAGUUUUCGCAUGUAGACAUCACAUAGCCGUGUAACAAUCGAGGUUGCGUUAGUUUCACCGGAACUAUGCUGAAUCUCUUUAAUUCAAUUGUGUUUAUGAAUUGAUGUUCAUAAACACUAAACUCGGUUGAUUUUCUGGUGAAAUUUGUAUGUUUUUCAGUUGUUACUGAUCAAGGUUGGAAAUUCUUAUUUGCUUACCAAUUGUAAUGUGUGUGAUUGAAAUCUGAAGUGGUUUGUUAUGCUCUGUCGAUUGAUAGCAUUUUUGCUCUCUGAUUUGGGGCUUAAUUAGGGCUCACUUAAUGAAUUCAUUAAACUGGAGUUUGUUUUUAGGAGUUUGAGGAGAUCUGUUACAAUUUGAAGAAAUGCCUCCUCCAAAUAAUCAUGGAUCCCAUAUCCCUUUUGCAUCUUUUCGUCGCUCUAUAUUGACUGUAAGAAGUGAUCAGGUUCAUUCAGAAAUGAGCCAUGGUUCGAAUAUCAAGUACCUGGAGUUGUUCCAACGACAAGUGUUCGCCCUUUUCCAUGAUCUCUCAGUGGUUAGCGCGGACGAGCUCCUCUCCGUUUCUUGGAUACACAAACUGUUGGACGCGAUCACUAUGUGCCAGGAGGAUUUCAGCACCUUACUAUCCGAUAACAAAGCAUUGCUCUCGAAGCCACCAGCAGACAGGCUUGCCACUGAGUAUUUCGAGAGAACCAUCAAGGCAAUGGAUAUCUUCAAUGCAACCCGUGAUGGUGUUGAGACUGUUCGUGUCUGGCAGAAGCAUUUGGAGAUUGUGGUGUGUGCUCUUGACGCAAAGCAGAGAAUGGUUGGUGAGAGCCAGUUUCGUCGUGCAAGAAAAGCCUUGAUGGAUUUGGCAUUACUGAUGUUGGAUGACAAAGAUACCGGCUCUGUAUUUUCACACAGGAACCGCUCUUUUGGGCGUAAGGGCAAGGAACACCACCGCAGGAGCUCAUCAGGGCACUCACGGUCACUUUCUUGGAGCGUAUCACAUUCUUGGUCCGCCUCUAAGCAGCUCCAGUCCAUUGCCAACAACUUGGUUCCUCCAAAAACGAACGAAAUAGCAGCGACCAAUGGCUUGGCGAUGCUCAUCUUUGCAAUGAGCUUUAUUCUGAUGUUUGUGUUAUGGAUUCUCGUUGCUGCAAUCCCUUGUCAGGACCGAGGCGUGCAGAUCCACUUUACAAUCCCUCGUCAGCUCUCGUGGACCACGCCUCUGUUCUUGCUCCACAGCCGAAUCAUGGACGAGUCCAAGAAGAGAGAGCGACGCAACACUUGUGGAUUGUUGAAGGAGAUAUAUCAAAUCGAGAAGAGCGUGCAUCAGCUGACAGACUUGGUGGAUGCCGCUCAGUUCCCACUGUCGGACGAGCUGAAGGAAGAAGUUAAAGAGAACGUCACUGAGCUGUCUUUAGCAUGUGAGGCUUGUAAGACGGGGCUUGAGCCACUGCAGCUCAAGUUACGUGAGACGUUCAGGAAAGUCAUGGCUUGCCGCGCAGAGGGCCUCGACUUCCUUGGCAAGGCUACAGAGCCUUAAUGAAGGAGCUGUUGGAAAGGAAGAGCAAUUGCAAAUACUCUUGUCAUGCUAUAGUUUUUACCAUGAAAACGAACCUGUUACUUAUUGUUGCCCACAGUAAUAAAAAUUAAUCAGGUUUGUGCUUAGUUUAUUAUACAUACUUUCUUGUAAAAUAUUGCCUUCAAUUUUUUUUUCUUGAUUGAUUCUUUAUUCUUGUUAAA